UGCUCAGACGUAAAAUGAUCGCUGAAAUUACUGUAUUUAGCACGAACCUCAAUGCUUUGAAACAAGCACGGGAGACAUGAACUACAUCGUGCCAUUCGUCCCGCACUUGUUCACGAAACGGACCGAGGACGAAGCCUACAUAGUCGCAGUGACGUUCAGAGGCGUGCUGGGCCAAACGGAUUUUCUCGACUGCAUCCGGAACAUGACCGAGGACGAAUUUCUCUCGAAAGCAAAAGCUAAGCUACGGGAAAUCGAAAAUGGACCGGAAAUGAAGCGAUUUCACGGCUCACCAGGUACUCUAGUAACGAAGUACUCGGAAUCAGGACCAAAAAGCUUCGGGAAAUACUUGCGGAGAGUGUUGAUGGCAGGCGCACCAUUUCAGCCAGGACUUAUCUCUUGCGAAUACACCUUCCCGGAAGAACUCACUAACAGCGACACGCAGGACACUCCCGACUUGAAACUGGACUGCGAACAAUACAUUUACAUCCUCCACGCGCCAGUGAGAUUCAUCGCCAACGAUUAUAACUCGAUACUGGAACCAGGGUCGUCACUGAUAAUCAAGAAAAACGUGCGACACGGUUUCAGUCCGGCCGAAAAAGGCAAACCGAAGAUAAUAUCUUUCCAGAUGGAUGACAAAGAUUCAGACGCCUGGGGCAUCGUCGCCCUAUCGCUUCAAUUCGCCGGAGAAAAAGGUGCAGCACGCAUCCGCCGCAAUUCGAAACAUUGGUCAAAUUAAGAUGAUGUACGAACUCGGAAAAGGAGUACGCCAUCACAGGAAAAUUCCUCAGAGAA